AUCGCUGACCGAUUUCGCAUUCUCCUCCGAACUCUCAGUCUCUCAGCAUCCACUUUCCGCCGCAGUAGGAACGAUGAACGACCGAAAGUCCUAUUACAAUCAUCACCAUGGCUUGCCCUGGCUCGCUGCACAGUUCACCUUACUCCCGCCUUUGUAUCAAUUUCAUUAGUCGCCAUCAACCUGGUUGGACUUUUUCUGGGAUCCGAGUUACAAGGCCCUGAGAACCAAGACGACCUGAAGAUGGGACUGUUACAGAUUGCUGCCAAAGUUCAGGAACUUCUCGUGGUAGCAAGCGUCGGAGCCGUCAUCUUCCACAUCGUUCGAAGCGAGCUUGUGUUUGGUGAGGGCGUUCCCCUCGGCCUUCUUGUCUCGGGCUGGAAUUUUUCACAAUUACAGUAUUUGUGGUCAGCCGAGUUUCUCGGAGGUUCAAGAUGCAACACGACCAUGACUCGAAAGGAGCGGUGGAAGAGACGUGGAAUUUGCCUCUUCAUUGCAAUGGGCGGCGCAUUAGCCCUCUUAGCUGGUCCUGCGGCUGCCUUGCUCAUGAUACCUAGGCAAAUGGAUUGGCCGGUUGGUGGAGGCAUCUAUUGGCUCAACGGGAGCGACGAACAGCUUUGGCCUACUAACUUGGACGCUGACUUCUACUCCGAUGCGAACUGCUCUCACGAAGCUCUGUUCAAUGAUAAUAGGUGUCCCGGGGCUGGAUUCGCGUCGCUUCACCAAUACUUCUCGACCUGGUGGAACCAUCUCAACACAGGGUUUUCCUUCGAACUGCGAGACUGGAGGAUAAGGAAGAUGAUUUACGCAAGGCCAGCCCUUCGUGCGGAAGCAAAUACCUGGGCCUUUACAGCGCAUGCAGCAACUGCAACCCUUCAAGACGCUAUGCGAGGCCUACACAGGGACGCACUCGGAUUUCUCUACAACAUCCACCCUCAGACGUCUCCUUAUCCAGAGUAUCUCAUGUGGGCGGAUCCGAUCCGAUUUCAGGUCGAGACCAAGGUUCCCGCAGUCCGAGUCUUCUGUCAGCCCAAGGGGAAUGUCUGGCUAUGGGGCGAGAACUUGACCGUCGAGUUUCCCAGCAUUCACGAGUUUGACGAGUGGUGGGGGAUACCAUCCGAAUAUCCCGAGGAAAAGGCCUUGAAACUGCCGAAAAUGAAGACUAUCGAUGUCUUGGAGUUUAUCCAGGAGGACCUCGCCGGCAGAGGACUCCUUGAGAAUAGCUCCUCCCUCCUCAACGGAGAGAUUUUCCAGAACGGACGCAGGACACUCAUUUUCCCUGUAGACACGGAAUCUACCGGCAACUCGUUGGACUUGGUAGUCCUUCUAGGGAGAUUUUGGAAUAGCAGUGCUGAGAUGCCACAGACGAAUGUUUUGUCCUGCUCACUAGAUGCACGAUGGGUGAAAGCACAUACCUUGAUGGAGAUGAGAUCCAACAACCAGCUCAGUCAUGAAUAUCACCUAGGAAGAGUGCAGAACUUGAUUGAAACAAAAUCCCACGAUCUGGAGCGCACUCUGGGGUAUGUCCGUUGGAAACCUCCUACGGACGGAUCAUGGCCGAGGAUUCGACUCCGCCCAAGUUGGUACAAAAUGCUAGCACCCAUGCUACCAAAUGAACCUCUCAACGGACUACCCUGGCUCACACAGCUCGGCUCCAAUCAAACGACAUUGGAGGCGUUAUUCGACAUGGUUUUCAACCCACUGGCGAGCAGCCACGAGGGAUUUGAGACUGUGAUAGCUGCAGCGGUGGUGGAUGGCCUAUCACGCUGUGGCCUCAUUCCUAACUACAAUGGGAGUAGAUUUUUAGAGGCUUGGCCAUUUACGGAGUGGAAGGUCGAGAGUGAAGCCUUGGCUAGGACAAUGGUUCGACAAGGUGCUCCUAAAGAGAGCUUCCCAGCACCGCCGGAUCUGAAACCAAAUCUAACUCGAAUGGUUAUGAAGGCUACCUACAGGGGGUAUGUCAUGCAAGCAAUGGGGUGGUUUGACUAUCUAUCCAUUGUUGCUCUACUGUUCCAUGCUGCGAUUGCUUUCGUUCAUACCUGUCUUUUGUUCUAUUCCCGACCCUCCAGUGGUGCGUGGGAUACCAUUUUGGAGUUACUCACUCUGACACACCAGUCUGAGCCACCAAUUCAGCCGCUUCUAGCCAAUACGUCUGCCGGGGUAGCCUCGUUCAAAACGGUUAGGCUGGUUGCAUAUGUAGAAGCGCCGCAUGGCAGACAAACAGGUGUUUCCGAGGAUGAUCUGCGGCCUGGGGGAGAGCUUCAGUUGAGAUUGAGGUGUCCUGCGCAGCCCCGGAAUCCUUUUCUCAAGCCGGAUCGUAUCGGGCAAGCUUAUGGU